GGCUGGAUGGAGGUGUCAACAUUUGAAAGCUGUUGUCUGGAGCCCAAGAAGAGCAGAAGGAUUUUGGUAGUGAGAGAUCAUAGUUACACUCUCCUCUUCAGCUGCAUUUUCAACUCAAGACUUCACACUCCUUUGCAGGAAAACUAGAUAGUCUGCAUCUCAUUCUCUGAGUUCAUCCUCUAAGUUUCCUGCUGAAGUUUGUGUGACUUUUCCCUGGGCUGCUGACACUGAGCAAAUAGUCUUUUCUUUAACAGUUCACUUUGGAUAUACCUUCCCCAUUUAUUUGGAAAAGGGUUUGCAGAAGGUGGAAAAAUGUCACCUGAUUCACUGUGAAUUUUUUUAAAAUUUCCCCACCCCCUAAACUCACAGACCGCCCACCGCAGACAGCUAAGACCCCCUUAAAGAUUUAAAGAGAGACUGCAUUGGGAGGCUGACGUUCAUUCAAUAGAGCGAUCAUAAUCAGAGCCCACAGUCCUGUGUACUAUCUCCUCUCAAUCAUCUCUCCAUCCACUUUGAGAUCGCUCCUUUCACUGUCUGGACCCAGGAGGAUGUUAUACCAGAUAUUUCACCCAAGCAUGCUUUUUCUUCUGACUAUCUCUAUGUGUCACUUCAUGGAAGAUCACACAGCUCAGGCUGGCAAUUGUUGGCUUCAGCAGUCGAAGAAUGGUCGGUGCCAGGUUCUCUACAGGACUGAUCUGAGCAAAGAAGAAUGCUGCAAGACUGGCAGGCUGGGCACAUCAUGGACAGAGGAAGAUGUACCCAACAGUACCCUUUUCAAGUGGUUGAUAUUUAACGGCGGGGCCCCACACUGCAUACCGUGCAAAGAAACGUGCGAGAACGUGGAUUGUGGGCUUGGAAAAAAGUGUAAAAUGAAUAAAAAGAAUAAACCAAGAUGUGUAUGUGCCCCGGAUUGCUCCAACAUCACAUGGAAAGGACCUGUGUGCGGAUUAGAUGGAAAAACCUAUAAGGACGAAUGUGCUCUCCUAAAGGCAAAAUGCAGAAGCAUCCCAGAGCUGGAUGUGCAGUACCAAGGGAAAUGCAAAAAGACCUGCAGAGAUGUACUAUGUCCAGGAAGUUCCACGUGUGUUGUGGAUCAAACCAAUAAUGCUUACUGUGUAACAUGUAACCGCAUUUGUCCGGAGCCCACCUCACCUGAGCAAUAUCUUUGUGGGAAUGAUGGAAUAACCUAUGCCAGCGCAUGUCAUCUGAGGAAGGCCACCUGCCUGCUGGGUAAAUCCAUUGGAUUGGCCUAUGAGGGAAAAUGCAUAAAGGCCAAAUCUUGCGAGGACAUCCAGUGCAAUGCUGGGAAGAAGUGCCUGUGGGACAGUAGAGUUGGCAGAGGUCGCUGUGCCCUUUGUGAUGAACUGUGCGCAGAUAGUAAAUCUGAUGACUCAGUGUGUGCCAGCGAUAACACCACUUACCCAAGCGAGUGUGCCAUGAAGCACGCUGCCUGCUCCUUGGGAGUACUUUUGGAAGUCAAACACAGCGGAUCUUGCAACUCCAUUAAUGAAGAUACGGAGGAGGAAGAUGAAGAAGAGGACCCGGAUUACAGCUUUCCUUUAUCUCCAGUCCACUGGUAAACCUCCAAAAUUGUUGGAACAGCCCUUGGGCAAGAAAUUAUGUCCAUAAUGUAUAUAAGUGUAUGCUUAUUUAUUUUGGGAAAAAAGUAUACAUAUAGUUGAGUCUUGGUAGACAUUUAUUUAUACUGUGUCAUGUUUUAUAAUUUAUACAUACAAUGUCUGUUUUGACUGUACACCUUGUUUUGAAGAAAAUAUAUUCGUCAAAGGAAGAACAGUGUUUAUUUAUUGUGAGAUAUCUUUCCUUGUACAGUAAAGUUUUUCUUGUAAAUCCAUUCCUAUAGCUGGUCCAUUACUGUCCAUUCUUAGGUGUUUAUUUACUUUACAGUUAGUUGUGGCAAGUAGACAACAGGUUUGAAAACUGUAAAACAAACUAGCUGCUUAAGAAAAAAAAAAUCUCAAUUUUAGUCGUUAGAUUUUUUUUUUUCUCUACUUCGCUGUUUCGGUGUAAAUAUUGCAAGCUGGUUUGUCAACUCGCUGUUUAGUGAAUGGACUCAUAAGUCAUUAAUUUUAUACUGCUUUUUCUUCAACACACUUGCAUGUCAGUUUCCGUGUUUUAUUUAUUUUUUUUCUAGUUCUGUACAUAUAUCUUUUGGAUUUUGUUUACAAGAAAUUUAGACUGACCAAAAACAUAUUUCAUUAGAGCUAUACUACUAAAAGAAAUGCAAGGUUUUUAGUAAAAUAUUCUCCCAUUCCAAUUAUUCUAUUCAGUUCACAUGAUUUGGCAACGAGGACAUAUUAUUGUAAUUUAUAAAGAGUCUGCAUAUUCCAUGGAUUAAUCAUUGGAGAGAGAGCCCGGCGACUGCCUAGGGUUUAUUGAUGGUAUUAGCAGUAUAGAGAUAUUUGUGGAUUUCAUCCAGUUAACUCAAUCCAAUGCAAAGCUAUUUGUUGUGAAAUAUAGCAUCACAUUAUCAGUUCAAGUUUCUUGCUUUCCAUAAUACAAACUUUUUUUUUUCUUUCUCUCUGAUUCAAUUUUAUAUUUUCAAACAUGGCAAGUUAAAUAUAAAUUCAUUUAAAUAUAUAGUUUUGUACUUUUUUUACCAUGUAAAUGUGCAAUGUAUAUAAAAUAUAAU